UCGGAACCAUUGUGUCAGGUUGAUUGUGAGGUCGGCCCGUUUUAAGUGUUACUCAGGGGGUGAUAAACAAGCAGGUUGCUAGCCGCUUGCGGUAAAUUCGGGUCGCUCUGAUGGCCGACGGAGAAGUGGCGGGAGUCGACCUCAGCAGGAAGUUUGUCUCUGAGUCGGAGCUCGACGAGAGGAGGAAGAAGAGGCAGGAGGAAUGGGAGAAAGUCAGGAAGCCAGACGAUCCAGAGGAGGCCCCAGAGGAGGAGUACGACCCUCGAUGUCUCUAUGACCGGCUGCAGGAGCAGAAGGACAAGAAACAGCAGGAAUAUGAGGAGCAGUUUAAGUUCCGAAACAUGGUGAGGGGACUGGACGAGGAUGAGACCAGUUUCCUGGACGAGGUUUCCCGGCAGCAGGUCCUGGUUGAGAAGCAGCGGAGAGACGAGGAGAAGAAGGAGCUCCUGGAAUACAGAAGUGCUUUGCAGAAGCAAACAUCAGCAUCAGCAGACGGUCGGCGGGAGACCGAGAAGAAGGCGGGGCCUAAACCUUCAGGGGCAGAACCAAAGACCAGCCACUUGUCUCAGGCCCAUUUAUUAGUUGGAGCUGUUAAAAGACGCAGCUCCUCGCAUUCAUCCGACAGUGGGAAGAAGCAGAAGAAGGAUGACAGAAGGGCAACAGGAGAUGGAGACAGAACUGCAGAGCAGGAUGGAGGAGCAGCAGGAGGACGAAGCAGGGAAGCUGAGGAUCACCGAGCCGUUCCAGGUCUCACAGCCAAGACUCCGCCCUCCACCCGAGGAGUGCUUCACCUGCCAUCGGCCGCCGUGUGCGUCGGCGUUUUGCCCGGGCUCAGCGCUUAUUCUGGCAGCAGCGACUCUGACAGCAGCUCGGACAGCGAAGGUAGCGUAGAUGCAAUCAUGUCGCCGUACCCACGGCACAGCAGGGCCUACAGAUAGACACACCCACUCAUCCACCCACCCACAGAAACACUAAGUAAAGCUUUGAGCUCCAGCCGUUAGAGCUGUUCACUCUGCUCCUCUCACAGCUGGGAGUUUAACUUCUCUUUCUCCAAAUUUCAGCCCAAACCUGAUCUGUUCAUCAUGUCUGUUUCCUUUACUGUGGCUCUGAAACAUGAUUCUUCCCUCAAUCACAUCUCAUGCAGUUUAAGGCGACCCUGCCAGCGGCUGAAGGCUGUGCUGGUGGCUGAGCGAACAGUGACUGACAGCUGUGGAGUGAAGACCAGGGCGGCUUUAGGACUCUGAUUGUUUUAGACGAGUCAGAGCAGGAUGCAGCUUUUUCAAUUUACCAUGCUGGACUUGUUCUUUGCUUCUCUCUCUGGUGUUUAAAAUUUUAAUUAAAAAAUGUGGAUCCUUAUCCUCUUGUGUUUACUGACACAUUUGUGUUUUAGAAACGUCAGGCCGCUGCCUGCAUGGGAAAUCAUGUAAUAAAUGGAUUUAUUGAACUUCA